AUGACCAAUCAGAACAUGAGUAAACAAAUAGUCCAAUUUCCAAUCAUCUUCGCUUUCCCAUCAACUUGCACCAAAACUAUCAUGGAGAAAUCCCUGUGUCCUGAUCCCUCUUUAAAUCGAGACCUGAUGAAAGAAUUCGAACGGGCCCUCGAGAGAAAUCCGACAGUCAACUUGAAGGCUCUCAUCCCUGAUUCUUAUCUUCAACAGGUGGACGCACAAUCAGAAAGUCCAACACAUACAGCCAAGCUCAACAAAAGAACUGUCAAGGAGCUCCAGGACGCCCUGAGGGAUGACCCGGAGGUGGACUUGCUUUCAGUUUUCCCUCCCAACUAUUCUCGUCGUCGGCAUUUCGCAGCCCAAACCGACGAAGCAAAGACAGGGUCUGGUAAAGAUGAACGGCCGAUGCCUCCGGAUGUGAUGCCUCCGGAUUUUCGGAAACGUCUGGAUAGUGUGGACACAGCUGAAAUCAUCUUCCCGCUGUCGAAGGGUGUGACUACCGUACUGACAUCAUUCUCGAAUUCUCCGGAUGGAUAUAUGGACACAGAGCAGUCGUUUCUCUCAGAAAUACGACGUCUGCUUUGGGAGUCCAAAAAGAUAUGGGAAAAUCCGAUCCGGGGCAUCGUCGUGCAAUGCAGUGAUGACAUCGUUGCCAAAGUUAUCACGACGAAAGGCGACUACACAGAGUAUACAGCAAUGCAGUACCUCGCCGAACAGAUUCCUGAAAUCCCUGCUCCAAGGCCCUAUGGCUUGAUCAAGUUUGGGUCUUUUUGCAUUAUUUUCAUGUCCUAUAUUCCAUCCAUGACGUUGACUGAGGCAUGGCCGUGUCUGUCACACGAACAGAAAAUCUCGGUGCAGCAUCAGCUAGAUGGCAUCUUUAGGAAGUUGAGAUCUGUUCGUAAAGCAGAUGGUCACUAUCUUGGGCUAGGUGGCGGAGUAAAAGGAAACGAAGCCAAUACAACCGUCAGCACGGUUGUAUGUUCCACCCAUCACGGAAGCACCACAUACGCCGCCUUUCUUCGUUCUUUUCUCACAGAUCCCAAUCAAGGUUCAGUUUUAACCCAUGGGGACGUCCGACAAGACAAUAUCUUAGUGAAGUUGAAUCAAGACGCUUGGACGGUCACUGGGGUCAUUGACUGGGAGGACAGUGGAUUCUAUCCCGAUUACUACGAAUGUACUCAAUUGACGAGGACAUUGAGUGUAAUGGAGGAAGAUGACUGGUAUCUCUACUUGCCAGCGAGUAUCUCCCCAUCUCAAUUUCCGAUCCGUUGGCUUGUUGAUCGACUUUGGGAUGUCCAUACCAAAACGACCUGA